GAGCGUGCUGGCAUCAAUGUCAAGCAUAUCGAGAAGACUGCAGCUGAACGUGACCCUCUAUGUCGUGCAGACUUUGUUCAUCGUGUCUCGCAGUACUCACCUGCCUCUUUACUCUGUUUGGACGAAGUUUCGAAAGAUGAUUGUACAUACUCACAUCGCUGGGGACGUGCCGCACAAGGUGCACACGCUGAGCAACAUCAACCAUUUGUUCAUAAACGUCGAUUUUCAAUGGUGGCAGGACUGGCUCUUGACGAGGGCAUUGUUGCUGCAAAAGUUGUUGAAGGAUCGUUCAAUCGCGAGAGUUUUAUUGAUUUUUUGUGCAAUGAUGUGCUUCCUAUCACGACACCAUUUCCAGGGCCACGGAGUGUGCUGAUUAUG